AUGACUAAUGAACUCAUCCCUAUUCGUUCGCUCCACGACGUGCGUGCGCGUUGUUUUGGUGUUCGACGCAUCGCGCACGUCGUGGAGCAACGUAAAAGUCGACUCACGGGAAGCGGCGGCUGCCGGCGACGCGAGCGCAAGUUGCCCGAGCUACGGCGACAACUGCUGUUUUGUCAUGUUCGUGCAACGAAUGCAGAUUGCAUUCCCGCCUUGCUUCCACGACGAAGCAACAUUCGUUGCACUAGAAGCAGCAGUUGCCGCCGCCGCUGCCGCACCAUCUCGGCGAACUUCACGCGGCUGUUCAUUUGUAACGAUCAAAUCCCAAACGCAUCGGUCGAGUUUAUCUUUGAAAAAAAGAAGCAGUCGAUGAAAUUUACCCAUUCGAAACCAAAGUCGACCCGUUGA